UUAUAGAGCAUGAUCUAUCCUGUCAUAGUGUGCCAAGUCUCAAUUUGAUCAAUUCACGCACUACAGGUGCACGCUAAUUCAAGUAAAGCCGUGUUCUUGCGCUUUGUCGGAAAAUGGCGGACUGCAAAAAUGAACAACGAGUUAACAUAAAGUUUCCUGUGAAACUAAACAAAUCUGCGAUCGAAACUUUUCACCUGUUGACUGAGGCUUAUGGCGAAGAUUGCAUGUCUCGUGCACGUGUUUUUGAAUGGCAUGAACGAUUUUCAGAAGGCAGAGAAAGUGUGACAGACAAUGCCCGCCCAGGCCGUCCACGCACAACAGUUACUGAUGAAAACAUUGAAAAAGUGCGUAACAAACAUCGAAGGUUGGGUGUUCGAGCAAUAGCUGAGGAAGUCCAUUUGGAUAGGGAAAGUUUUCGACAUAUUUUAACUGAAAAAUUAAACCCGAAAAAGGUUUGUGCAAAAAUGGUUCCAAAAAUGCUGUCAGAUGAACAAAAAGGAGGUAGCAAGGAACGGAAUUUGGACCUUUUGAAACGCAUUGAGGAUGAACCAGAUUUGUUAGAUUCUGUAAUUACCUGCGAUUAAACUUGGAUAUUUAGAUAUGACCUGGAAACCAAGCGACAGUCAGUGCAGUGGAAGACUCUGACCUCUCCAAGACCCAAAAGUACAGAUGAGUCCUUCGAAGUUCAAGGCCAUGCUGAUUGUGUUCUUUGAUGUCAAGGGCAUUGUGAUGGCAGAGUGGGUUCCCAAUGGCCAGACGAUAAACUAGCUAUAUUAUAUUCAUGUUUUGACAAAACUGCGUGUAAGGAUGAAACGACCAGAAUUGUGGACAAACGGCUAGAUUUUGCACCAGGACAACGCGCCAUCUCACAACGCUUUACAUGUAAAGCAAUAUUUAGCUUUAAAAAAGGCACCACUGUACUUGAGCACCCACCCUAUUCACCAUAUUUAGCUCCCUGCGACUUCUACCUGUUCCCAAAGAUAAAAUUCAUGCUGAAAGGAACACAUGUUUUGUCUGUGGAAGAGGUGAAAGCCAAAACGACGGAACUCCUUGGCAGCAUUACACAACAUGACCUGCGGAAUUGCUUUGAAAUGUGGAAGCUAUCGUAUGCAGUUGUGUGUCAACUCAGAAGGGAACUACUUCGAAGGCGAUCAUAGUUGAUUAUCUUAAUUUGAUAAAUAAAAGGAGUUAUA